AUGACAAAAACCAACAUUAACAAUGAUAAUAAUUACUUUUUAAAAUACGUAAAAGAAUUAUGGAGUAUAUGCCAUUUCUUGGAUUAUAGAGUAACAUGCAAUGACUUUUCAUUUACGAAGAGUACUGAACACCUUAUUUACAAAAAUGGAAUUAAAAAAUACUUGCCAAGAGAAUCAAUCGAACAGUAUACAAAAGCUUUUGAAAAAGAUAUAAAAGAUGAUAGUUAUAAUAGUAAAUGGUUUGCUGUCGAGGCUUUCAAUAACAAAGAGAAAAAAAGACACUAUGAAGAGAUGAUAAAAAAAUUGGAAAAUAUACAUAUUACUCCAGACAUUCCUGUACGUCAAUAUAAUAAAGCUAAUGGCCGUAUAUUUAAUAAUAUAAAGGAUUUAGAAUAUUGUAUUGGAUCUGGAAGAAAUGUGACGAAAUAUCUUGAAAUAAUCUAUAAAAAAUUUAAAAAUGAAAAAUCACUUUUUAAUAUUCCAGAAAUGUCAAAUAUCAUUGAAUGUUCUGAUAAUUCACCUUUAAAGAAAAUAUUAAAGGAUGAUGAAUGGAAAGAAAUUAAUGAAAAACAUUCAUUUCAUAUUGAUGUAGACAUUACUAUCUCCAUUUAUUUGAAUCAGUUAGCUGAUUUUUUAUGUAAUGAUAAUAAUGUUAUUAAUGAUGAUUGUAAAAUGCCGCAUCCACCUGAAGAUAAUUUACGACAUAUCGAGUUAAAAUUUUAUUACAAAGCUUUAGUAAAAUUACGAAUUUUAUGGAGAACACUGAUUUUAUUGCCUGAUAGUAAUAUCAGUGAAGGAUCAAAAGAACGUAAAAUCAAUGCGAAAAAGAAAAAGUUGUAUGAUGAGAAAAAAUUGGGUUCAAAAUCCGAUAGAGGUCAUCGUGUUGAUUUAAUAAUUAGGAAUGUAUUAAAUAUGGAUCUAAUGGUAAUAGAAGUUGUAGGUCCCCCACAUCGUAGAAAUAAUAAGAAAAAUCUGUGGGAUUUUAGAAGAGGUAUCAGAGCUUGUAAAGAUUCUUAUGAAAAGUUUGUUAAUAAUUUGGUCGAAAGAAUGAAAUGGUAUAUUUGGACAGUUGAUCACCCUGGCAAUCAAGUUUAUAGAGCAAGACCUUUAUGUGAAUUUAACAUUCCUUAUAAAAAGGAAGACGCCGAAGAUCUUUAUCAAUAUUUAAGAGUUUCAAAUGAAUUAUGUAAGCACGUCAAUGAUGUCUCUAAAUUUGUCGAAGGAUUGUAUGAAUACUUAAAACAAAAGGCGAGAGACAAUCCGAAUAUAAUACAAGAUACAAAAUUCGCCAAAAUAUUGUUAGAUGGAUGCGCAAUUACAAAUCCUACUCCUUCAAGUAGCCCGAGAGACCCUCCGCCUGAUUCAAAUAUCACGUCAUCUAUAGAAGAAGUUUUAUCUUCAUACAUAGAAGAAAACAUUGAGGAACUAUCAGAUGCAGAGAAUGAUUGGGACACGCCUAGAAAUUCUGACUACGAGCUAGAGUAG